UAUCAGUUCUUAAACUCUUGAAAGAAAUAUGCUAUAGCGUAAAAGUUGGUAAUUGAGAUUUGAGACUAAUCAUCUAAUAUAUGUCAUGUUUUCUUAUGUGAUUGAUCAAUUCAUACUACUAAAAAUAAAUAAAAGCUCUUACAAAUUGUGGUUGCAAAUUUGCUUAAAUGCUAAUCAUGUUUCUAAAGUUUUUCAUUUAUAUAUUUUAUGAAUCACAGUGGGAGGACUUUUGAAUGCAACAUGUGGGAAUGCUACAGAACUCAUCAUUGCAAUUUUUGCACUUAGCAAUAACAAAAUUGAUGUUGUCAAGUAUUCUCUCCUUGGUUCCAUCCUCUCCAACCUUCUCCUUGUUCUUGGAACCUCUCUAUUAUGUGGUGGCAUUGCAAACCUUAGAUCAGAGCAAAAAUUUGAUAGAAGACAGGCAGACAUCAACUUGCUUAUGCUUCUUGUGGCAUUAUUGUGCCACUUACUGCCAAUGUUGUUCCAAUAUGGCGGUGCUUCAGCGGCCGUCGAUGCAGACUCAUCUCUGCAGUUUUCUAGAGCUGCUAGCAUUGUGAUGGUGAUUGCAUAUUUUGCAUACCUUAUCUUCCAACUAUGGACUCAUAGGCAAUUAUUUGAAGCUCAAGAUGAAGACGAUGAAGAGGGUGAGAAUGCCUCAGAAGAAGCGGUUAUAGGUUUUUGGAGUGGGUUUGUUUGGCUACUUAGCAUGACUGUGUUUAUUUCUAUUUUGUCUGAAUAUGUCGUCGACACUAUCGAGGAUGCAUCAGAUUCAUGGGGUUUAUCUGUCAGCUUCCUCAGUAUAAUCGUGCUACCAAUUGUUGGCAAUGCAGCUGAACAUGCAGGAGCCAUCAUAUUUGCUUUCAAGAAUAAGCUGGACAUAUCUUUGGGUGUUGCUUUGGGUUCUGCAACUCAAAUUGGCAUGUUUGUGGUUCCUCUCUGUGUGAUUGUUGCUUGGAUUCUUGGUAUCAAAAUGGACCUCAAUUUCAAUCUCCUAGAAACAGGUUCUCUUGCUUUGGCAAUUAUAACGACAGGCUUCGCAUUACAGGAUGGAACUUCUCACUACUUAAAAGGCUUUAUUCUCCUACUCUUGUACAUUGUUAUUGGGGCAUGCUUUUUUGUACAAAGAACAACCUCCGACCAUGGUAAUCAUAUUGCUAGCAUAACUCUUCAUUCAGCAACUAAUGCCAAUUUUAAAGCUUAAUAGGCUUUGGCACAUUUUGAUCUCUUGGAGGUGAAUGGUAGAUGCAUGCAGCAACAAAAAUUACAUAUUCAGAUUUAAUGGAUUUGCUAUUUGUUCAUUAAUUUAUAGUCAUCUCCAGAAAUAGUUGCUAGGUGUUUGUGUACAUAGACCUUUUCAAAGUAUUGUGUUGUCCAAAAUAUUCAACUCCUACAUGUAAUAUAUGCGAGAAUUGUGGCGUAGUUAAUUAUCAAAUAGAAUAUUUAUGUUUGUUUGUUGAAUUCCUUAUUCGUUUUGUGUUU